AUGACGACCAUAGCCGCGCCUGUAACUGCAACCGCAACAACUCCAACUCCGAAUGAAUCCAAUAAGAAAAACAGAAUUCAGGUUUCCAAUACUAAGAAACCACUUUUCUUUUACGUCAAUCUCGCCAAGAGAUACAUUCAGCAGCACAAUGAAGUUGAGCUUUCUGCUCUUGGAAUGGCUAUAGCUACAGUCGUAACGAUUGCCGAGAUUUUGAAGAACAAUGGACUUGCCACUGAGAAAAAAGUAUUGACAUCUACAGUCGGCAUGAAGGAUGAGAACAAAGGCCGGCUCGUCCAGAAGGCAAAGAUUGAAAUUGUGUUGGGUAAGUCUGAGAAGUUUGAUAAUCUGAUGGCUAAUUCUGCUAGCACAAAUAAAUCAGAAGCAGCUACUGAUGAUGACAAGAAAUGA